UAUUUGUGCACCCUAGAUAGUGUAUUACACAGGGAAAAUGGAGGUAUUUGGGUGGCGGCCGGUUGUAUUUGAUAGUUUACAUGUCUGUCUGGUUGUUGAACGUGUUGGAGGUAUAAUUUCGUUUGACGAGCGGAUUGUUAUGAACUCAUAAGUGAGCAGGCUAUGAGCAGGUGGAAUGGAAAACCCCGACUGUCCGGAUGCAAAUCCUUCCAUCCCAGAUGAGCACUCCCUUAUUGAAGGUGUCAGUGACCCAGUGCUGUUUGUGGUCAUCCUGUGUGUGACGUUCCUGGCUGGUCUGGCCACACUGCUGUGCAGGAAUGAGCAGCAGAGGAUCCACCCGGAGAAUCAGGAGCACGUGCGAGCAGUUCGCCAGCAGCUACAGACAGAGCAGGAAGCAGCAUCGCCGACGCCGAGGCAUCAGUUCUACUCAGACAUGUCCUGCCCAGUAUGUCUCCAGCAGGCCGUUCUCCCCGUAGAGACUAACUGUGGUCAUCUCUUCUGUGGUUCCUGUAUUAUUGCGUACUGGCGCUACGGCACAUGGCUAGGAGCCAUAAGCUGUCCCAUCUGCAGACAAAUAGUGACCCUGCUGUUCCCGCUUUUCCGUGGCACGGAGCAGAGCGCCCAGACGCAAGACGGACAGCCGGACGCCAACCUCAUCCUCAACGACGUCAACGAUUACAACCGUAGAUUCUCAGGACAGCCCAGAUCUCUCCUGGACCGUUUGCGUGACGUCCCCACUCUCCUCCGCCACGCCUUCAGGGAGAUGUUUUCGGUCGGAGGACUCUUCUGGAUGUUCCGGAUCCGGAUCCUGCUGUGCCUGGUGGGGGCGCUGACCUACCUGGUGUCUCCGCUCGACUUCAUCCCCGAGGCCCUGUUCGGUCUGCUCGGCUUCAUGGACGACCUCUUCGUCAUCCUCCUCCUCUUCAUCUACAUCUCUAUCAUGUACAGGGAGGUGGUGACGCAGAGGCUAGUCGGCUGAGCGCGACACGCAGCUGUGAUCAGUUCGAAAGGGUUUACAGUUUUAUCACCGACCGUGUGUGUGUGUGUGUGUGUGUGUGUGUGUGUGUGUGGGAGAUCAUUUUCAGCUUAAAUAACUGAAGUCAGGUGGAGCUUCUUUCUUUGUAAUAUAGAAUACAUACUGCACAUAGGAGGUUCAUUAUUUUUUUUUAUUUGUUUGUUUGUUUGUUUUUUUCAGUAGAAAUGAUCGUGAUUGGCUGGCACGCAUGACCGAACCAAACAAAGCUAUCACUAGUUUGAGGUUAAGCUAACGUUAGCUAAGCACUGCGUGAGACAUUGGCGUCACUGAAAGAUUAGCUCGGUAGAUAUCGAGCAUAAAGCUACCGUUAGCUAUCUCACUAAUUCGAAUCGUUAUUACGUUUGGCUGGUGUCUUAUUUAUAUUUAUUGAAGCAAAGUGUAAUAAAAUCGAAUCGAUUCUCCAGUGCUAGAUGAUAAUUCGCCUGCCUCCGACGUUAGUUACUAUAGCUCUAACAUAAAGGGAUUUCGCAACAUGCUGGUUUUAAGAUUACUGGAACAUAUUACAGACAUGUGUUUAAAGGGGCAGUUUGUAAUCUUUCGAGCCAAGCUGACCCCAUCCUGUCUGUUGAAACGUAUACCUCUCAAAGAGUCGCCUUUUGAGGAAACAAAAACGGAACAGUACAGCUCUAUUGUAGCUGGGGGCGGAGCUCAUUUCAGGGCCAGAAAAAAAUACAGCAAAAAGUCCGAUUCAGUGUAUCGUAAUAUCACUAAACACAUGCUGGUGUAAUCGGAUGACGCGACGAAACCUACAUAGCGGACUUUGGCAGAAAAGUAUUUCAUUUAAAAGCCUCUUGCAAAUGGUCAUGGGCUUUUUAAAUAUUUCUAAAUAUGUCAGGUUUAAGUACAAAACAUAAACGUUACAAUUUGUAAUAGCAAAUUGCGACUAAAAGGGAUUAAAAACAGCUGGGGGAGGAAAACAUGUAACGCCGCAUAGCUGUGAUUGUUUCCGAUUGUUUAUUAGCUCACUUUUCCGAAUCAGGCUUCGUGAACCGAAACCGUAACGGAGCGAGGAUGUUACUGCAGCUUAAUUAAUUAAAUAUCAAAAUAUCAAAUUAAAAUAUCAUCUGAAUUAUUAGCUAUGUAUUAUUAGCUGAAGUAUUAGCUAUGGUGCGACAGUAAACUAGUUACAGUUUUGUUCAGAAUCGUUAUUUCUUUCAAGCCCUGUAGAGGGAGCUCUUCAGACGUUGUAGCCUUUAUAGGAAGUACAGUAGGUCACAGCUGAUCACUUCAGAAUCGACCGGUUUUCAGUCCCUCCAGGUCGUCGCGAUUUUGCGAUCGCAGAAAUGAACACAAUAUUCAGAGGAGCUUGCGAUUUUUAAAAAAAAAUAAAAAUACCGCAGAUUUUCCACACGUUCGGGCCAAGACGCGUCACGUGACAUCUUCAGAACGCGCGCUCGGCCAAAGCCGCCUUCGAGUCGCGUGCGUCGAACGUGAGUACAGCGAAAGGGUCUCGUAUACCAACAAACAUCACUCGCGAAAGAGCGUGAAAUCGCAGUCGCAGUUUCGCCAAUUCACCGGAAUUUUCUGCAAAAAACUUCGCAGGUCGCAGCAAAAUCGAGCGUUUUCGACCGCGACAAUCACGAAAAAACUCUUCUACGGACUGAGUUCUACUAAGGAAUCUUUCAAACUGUACGAUUAUUACAGAUCUCGAAAAAGUUGAAACAAUUACGAACUACCGCUUUAAGGCGGUUUUCGACUUGUUAAGAACAACACGGAACCAGUCACGAUUAUUUCUGAAAGCAUUUCAAUUAUUAAACGUCCUAUACCUGUGUGUGUGUGUGUGUGUGUGUGUGUGUGCGUGCGUGCGCUAUUUUUUACUUUGAGCCUCGAUGGAUAAAACUAUGAAAAACCUAAAUGUCAUGGAUUUACAUAUUAUAUUUCAUCCAAUUUUACUUAACGUUAUGUUCAUUUCUAUUGCCUUCGCCAUGAUAUUCAGUCGUCUGUCAUGAUCACACGACAGCAGAUGAUUUCUUCCAGCGCUUUCACAACAUUUCAACAUAGAAAGUUUCCUUUAGAAAACUUCACCACUGUUGAAAUCGUGUCAUUUUGAUAUAGAACUCUCACUUUAUAACGACGGUGUAGCCAAGACCUUCAUAACGCGAUCGUACGCGAACACUUCAUAAGGUACUUAUAGGUUUGAAGCAUUCCUAUUUUUCACGACAUCAAGGACGAGCUGUAUAUAAUUUUACUUUUUCAUAAAUAAAGUCUUAAAUGUCAACUCAA